GUAGGAACGUUUCUGCUCCGGAACCUUAGGCGUGGGGAUACCCGGCUGUGAAUUGCUGACGGAUCCGGUGUGUGAGGCUGGGGAGGCCAUGGAGGGCUCUGGUACCGUCACCCUGCCCCGCAGCCAGAAGCUGAUGGUGUGCGUGGAGUACCCGGGGCUGGUGCAGAAUGUGGACAAGAUGCUGCUGACUCUUGGCGGAGAGGAAGCGGUGUCCCGGGUGUAUGCUGACCCUUCAAAGAGGCUGGAGCUGUAUUUCAGGCCUAAGGACCCUUACUGCCACCCGCUCUGUGCCAACCGCUUCCCCACCACAACCAUGAUCCUUCGGGUAAAAAAGAAAACUCGGAAGAAAAGCCCUAUUGAAGCAGAAAUGGGAAACCAGGAUCCAGAGGGAACAGUCAGCAUGGAAAUCAUUGGAGUUGUGGGCACAGUGUAUAAAUUCCAAGGCAUGGCUGAUUUCCAGUACUUGGCUUUUACCUGUGGCACUGACGGCUCGCGGACAUCCCUGUAUGACAAAAUUUUACUGAAAAAGCCAGAGAAAGAAGACUUUUUCCACCAGGACAUCACCCUUCAUAUUCCGCCACCUAUUUUCUCUCGAUUAGACACCCAAGUGGAUUAUUAUUACCGCCCCAACAUCAAUCACAGGGAUGGUUACCAGCCACCGCAUCUGUCCAGCGAUAACUUGAUUGGCUUGAGCAGGGCGCGCAGGCCUCACAACGCAAUCUUUGUUGUCUUUGAAGAUGAAGUAGUGCCCACUGAGCCGCACCCAGCCGCUGCCAAGAACUGGAGGAAAAUCUGCACUAAUACUCUGGACAAGAAGAUAGAGCAGGAAAUGAGGCGGCUCUUCAACAUCCGUCCCAUUUGGUCCCGAAGUGCAAUAAAAGCCAAUGUCAGUCUCCACCCGGACAAGCUCAAGUUGCUGUUACCUUAUGUAGCUUAUUACAUGUUGACGGGACCAUGGAGGAGCCUAUGGGUGCGGUUUGGCUAUGACCCAAGGAAAAACCCGGAAGCUAAAAUCUACCAACUACUUGAUUUCCGGAUACGUUGUGGGAUGAAAUAUGGGUAUACACCAAACGAGAUGCCCGUUAAAGCCAAGCGCAGCACCUACAACUACAGUCUUCCCAUCACUCUGCAGAAGCCAACCCCCCAGGCAGUCAGCAUGCAGGACCUGACUCAUGGACUGGGAGCUUCAAGCUCCAAAGAGAGUAAAAAGCCACCAUCUAACAAGUACAAACUGAAGGAUUCAGUCUACAUUUUCCGUGAAGGGAAUUUGCCUCCGUACCGUCAGAUGUUUUACCAGCUGUGUGAUUUAAAUGUGGACAGUUUGCAGGAAGUCAUUAAGCGGAAUGAUGGUGCAGAAACAGAAUGCACUGAACGGGAUGGCUGGUGUCUUCCAAAGACCAGCGACCAACUCAGAGACUCCAUGUCCCUCAUGAUCAAGCAGAUCAUCCGUUCCAAGAGGCCAGCCCUGUUCUCCGGCCCCUCCACCUCUGCUGACAGCAAGGAGCAGCUCACAUAUGAGUCUGGGGAUGAGGAGGAAGAUGAAGAGGAGGAGGAAGAAUUUCACCCUUCUGAAGGCAGCGAGAAUGAGAUGGAGACAGAGUUGCUGGACUAUGUUUGAGAUAACAUGCUGCGCACUGAUCCUCUUGGUGUCUCUCUUAGGGGUGCAUUCUCACCAUGUACUCAGCUGGGAUCCCUGACCUCCGUACGUGUGUCAGACUGUGAGAGUGACCUUUACUGGCAUACUUACAAUAGAGUCACGUUCUAUGCUGAUAACUGUUAUUAGUGUUCACUCUAGGAUUUUUUUAGGGCAGGGUGCUGAGCAUUGAAGAGGGCACAUUUUUAUUUUGAAGGGCACAUUUUUGAUGUGACGCUUUGCGCACAAGCAUAGCGCAUAUGUUUAUAGUUUUUGUACAUACAUUUUGCCCUUAGUAAAUCAUAUACCCAUGCAUACAUAUAAGACACCUAACAUCUGUACUGAGAAACAUACUGUAUAUGUCCAGUCUUCUUGAAAGAUCGGCUGUAGCAUAUACAUAAGUAGAUAAUUAUAAAUGUCUGUUCCAGUGCUGAAGUAGUUAAAAUCCAUAUGUGUUAUAAAACAGAAAAGUUAAACAAUGGGUUGAAAUAUAUAGGGGGAAAAAAUAAGUCUGUUCUACUAGGGACAUAGUGUAAGUAGUACAUGCUCACUGCUUACCCUGUUCUUUCCCUCUUUAUCAGAGUGCUGUGUUAUUUACAGUGCCUCCGCUGCCAUCCAGUUGGCUAAGGAUAGAAAUUGUGUUCCAAUUUCAGAGGUGGGCAUGGAGUAGACUACAACAUUAUAACAUGCACUCUGACUGUUGCAUUCUGUAUACAAGGGGGCGAGUUAUGGUCCUGCAGGGUGCACUAAAAAAGGGCAGGGUGCUUUUUCACAUUUCAAAAAUGGGCAGGGUGCAGCACCCUGCUGAAACAGCCUAGAAGGAACACUAGUUAUACGGACAAUUAACCAUGUAGCUGAAGAGGACAAGACUAAUGUCUAUAGUAACCUAUUACAUAGUAGCCCAAAUGAACUGUAACUGUCAGGUACGUAUUUGCCUUUAUCUGUCUAGAGCAGGUUACGCUAAUGAAAACGAGAAAGUUACAGUUGGUCCUUUAUAAUAUAUCUAAAUCCUAUAUGUGCUGACUAGGUUUAUAUUUCUCUUACGUCCUAGAGGAUGCUGGGGUCCACAUUAGUACCAUGGGUAUAGACGGGUCCACUAGGAGCCAUG